AUGCUGUUCCCUACUCUCCUCCUCGCUGCUGUCGCGCAGGCUGCGCCUCAGUUCGGUGGCUCCCAGGGUUUCACCAUGUUGCGUUUUGGGUGCGCCCAGAACGUUAUCGACCGUAUCGAUCCUCUUGUCAAUCCUGGUCAAGCUCCCUCGCCGCAUAUGCAUCAGGUAGUUGGAGGAAAUGCGUUCAACAUCACGAUGCAAUCGACGGAUAUCUCCAAGCUUGCGACAUGCACUACUUGUGGAUACUCUGAGGACCUUUCCAACUACUGGACCGCGAACGUCUACUUUAAGGCACGCAACGGAACCUACAAGCGUGUGCCUCAGAUCCCUAACAGGGAUCUCUUCAACGACAAGUACACCGGCAAGACCACUGGAGGUUUCGUCGUUUACUACGUCUCUGGUGGCAAGGGCCAGGUCACGGCCUUCAAGCCUGGCUUCCGUAUGCUCGUCGGUGACGCCACUAAUCGCAAAUCGAAGAAUUUGAAGUCUCAGACUUGCUUCCGCUGCUACAGCGGACCCAACUUCGCUGGUGACAAUGCUGCGCCUUGCCAGGAUGCUAAACUCGACACCGAAGGCUUCCCUACGACACCCUGCCCGGGUGGUAUCCGUAGCAACAUCCUCUACCCAACAUGCUGGGACGGAAAGAACCUCGACUCUCCCGACCACAAGUCUCAUGUCGCAUACCCCAGCAAUGGCCCAGCUCUAUUCUCCGGUACUGGCACUGGUGGCGCAUGCCCUUCAACACACCCCGUGAAGAUCCCCCAGGUCAUGCUCGAGAUCGUCUGGGACACUAGCAAGUUCAACAACAAAGCCGAGUGGCCUGCCGACGGGUCACAGCCUUUCGUACUUUCCACUGGAGAUAACACUGGGUAUGGACAACACGGAGACUACGUUUUCGGUUGGAAAGACGACUCGCUUCAGAAGGCUAUGGAUGAUGCCAAAGGCUGCAUGGGUGCCAAUUGCGGUAGCUUGAAGACGCAGCAACCUGCUGAUGGAAACAAGUGUCUUGUUCCGAACCGUGUGCGUGAAGAACAUGAUGGCUGGUUGACUGAUCUUCCGGGUAUGGAGGGCAUGCCCAUGUUGUGA